AUUGACCAUUUAACCAUAUUUCUUUAUAAGAAUCAAACUGUCACGCUAAUUUUACCGUAUAAAAGCACAUCCUUGGAUGUAUAUAAAUCGAUAAAAAUAUAAUCAAAAUAUGUAACGAUGGUUCAUGGUACUAGUACAAAAAAAUGAAAAAAGUAAAUGAUCGAACCACAAAUUGACGUGUCACGGUAUUCUGGCUCGUCCAAGCUGUCACUCGAGACUGUAGAACUGAACGCAAACACAAGUCACGUGACCAGACCGACCUUUUGGCACCGAACCUGCUGUCUGUUUCAAUUCACUGACACAACCCAAAUGUUAAACCUUUCUUAAUUUAACGUUCUUUCUUUCUUUUUGUCGGAUUCUAUUAAUUUCAUAUCGUCUUCUAUGACAAGCCAUCAAACAAAACAAAAAAAAAAAAGGAGAAAACGAGUAAAGAGGAAGAAGAAUAUUUCACCUCUUGUUUUGGCUUCCUCCUCAAGCCACUUUGAUUACUCUUUCUCUUCCCUCGAAAAACCUUUUUAAUCGUUUGGUAAUCAUCCUCCAUUAAAGCCUCUCACGGAAGCUCCCACGAGAAUACCUUUGUUUCCCACCACACAGCUUCACUUGCCUCCCCUCUCUCACGAGAAAUCAGAAAAUAAACCCACUUUACAGAUUGUCUCUGUACUUCCAUUUCUUAUAUAUAUAUAUUUUUUUGGUAAACUUCCAUUUCUUAUAUUAUUGACGAGAUACCAAGCAUAUCUCGGUUUCCUAUUUCCUAUUCUGUAACGCAUUUACUAUAAUUAGAGUAUCGUAUCACGUUACAUUCCUCUCCAAUAUCGCAUUGCUUUGUAUAUAUUCAUGACCUUAUGGUCUGCGAAUAUGAUCAGAACUUUCUCAAUCUUUCUCUGGUUAUUCAUAUAUAAAUCAUAGUCUCUGUUUCUUGAAGCUGAAUCAGCUACUUUAGAAGAAGAAGAUGAGAUUUACACAGUUGCUUUGGUGUUUACUGCUUCUACUUGGAUUCGGAUUCUUAGCGGAGGCGAUUCUCGACCCUGUUGAUUUCUUGGCUCUGCAAGCCAUUCGUAAAUCUCUCGAUGAUUUGCCAGGUUCCAACUUCUUCCGGUCUUGGGACUUCACCUCCGAUCCCUGCGGCUUCGCCGGCGUCUACUGUGACGGCGACAGAGUGGUUUCCCUCAACCUCGGUGAUCCCAGAGCCGGGUCACCCGGUUUAUCCGGUCGAAUCAACCCGGCGUUAGGCAAACUCUCUGCUCUCACGGAGCUCUCCAUUGUCCCCGGCAGAAUCAUGGGCGCUUUACCGGCGACGAUCUCUCAGUUAAAAGACCUCCGUUUCCUCGCUAUCAGCCGGAAUUUCAUCUCCGGCGAGAUUCCGGCGAGCCUCGGCGAAGUUCGCCGUCUCAGAACACUCGAUUUGAGCUACAAUCAGCUCACCGGAACCAUUCCGCCGGCGGUCGGAUCUUUACCGGAGCUCUCCAAUUUGAUUCUCUGCCACAAUCACUUAACCGGAUCGAUCCCUCCGUUUCUCUCACAAACCCUGACCCGAAUCGACCUCAAACGCAACAGCCUCACCGGCUCACUCUCUCCCGCCUCUUUCCCUCCGUCUCUGCAGUACCUCUCACUUGCAUGGAACCAGUUAACCGGACCCGUGGACCAGGUUUUACUUCGAUUAAACCAGCUUAACUACCUUGAUCUCAGCUUAAACCGGCUAACCGGCACAAUUCCCGGUCGAAUCUUGGCCUUUCCAAUUACAAGCCUCCAAUUACAACGCAACUUCUUCUACGGAUUGAUUCAACCGGCGGAUCAAGUAAAUAUUCCAACUGUGGAUCUCAGCUACAAUAGAUUCUCCGGUCAGAUAUCUCCGCUUCUCUCAAGCGUUGAGAAUCUCUACCUGAACAGCAAUCGGUUCACCGGAGAAGUCCCGGCGAUCUUCGUGGAGAGGCUGUUAUCAGCGAGCAUACAGACGCUGUAUCUUCAGCAUAACUUCCUGACUGGAAUACAGAUUAGUCCGGCGGCGGAAAUCCCGGCGAGCAGCUCGCUGUGUUUGCAGUAUAACUGCAUGGUUCCGCCUAUACAGACGCCGUGCCCGCUUAAGGCCGGCCCACAGAAGACUAGGCCCACUACACAAUGCAACGAAUGGCGAGGCUAAUGUGUCGCAUUACGCUUUCUUGUGGAUGAUUUUUGGGUGAUAAUAUUUAUUAUGUUAUAUGGUCCUUCUUAUUUCAUUUUGUUAUAGUUUCUUUUUUUUUUUUUUUUUUUUUUUUUUUUUUUCUGAAGGGCAGUUGUGUUGAAAAGGAAAAGAGAAAACAAAAACGAUUUGUGAAUUCACUAAGGUAGUUUGGUGUUAUUCAAUAGUGGAUUUAAAAUUAGUUUUAUAGGUUUUAUAAUCCGUUGUUAUUCAAUGAUUGAAAUAUUUGUUAUUACA